AUGAUCAGCAAGCAAUAUGAUUCUUACACUGUAUUUCAGAGCAAGCAAUAUGAUUCUUACACUGCAUUUCAGAGCAAGCAAUAUGAUUCUUACACUGCAUUUCAGAGCAAGCAAUAUGAUUCUUACACUGUAUUUCAGAGCAAGCAAUAUGAUUCUUACACUGCAUUUCAGAGCAAGCAAUAUGAUUCUUACACUGCAUUUCAGAGCAAGCAAUAUGAUUCUUACACUGCAUUUCAGAGCAAGCAAUAUGAUUCUUACACUGUAUUUCAGAGCAAGCAAUAUGAUUCUUACACUGCAUUUCAGAGCAAGCAAUAUGAUUCUUACACUGCAUUUCAGAGCAAGCAAUAUGAUUCUUACACUGCAUUUCAGAGCAAGCAAUAUGAUUCUUACACUGCAUUUCAGAGCAAGCAAUAUGAUUCUUACACUGUAUUUCAGAGCAAGCAACAAUGA